AUGACAGACUAUUACGAACCCAUAAACAUCUUUAGACAGUGCGCCAUCAGCGUGAAGAAGCGCGGACAGGAGCACGGGCUGGACGUCGCCACGAGAAGGGUGGCCUCCUGGCAGAGAAGCGCCAAGCUGAACUCGCCAACGCUCCGCAAAGUGUCGGACGACUACUUCCUCACCAAGAAGGUCAAGUCGGACUACUGGCAGGUCUCAGACAUGGACCUCUCCGCCACAGCAUUCUCCAGCGUCGGCAACCUCGUGAUGGUAACCAGCAACAAGGACCAGGACAACGUCAAGCUCUACACGUACGCCGAGGACCCAAACUCGAUGCGUCAGCUGCAGACCAUCACCGUGCCCGGCGCACCCAUCACCACAGCAACACUGCUGCCGGCCGCGGAGUUCAACCCCACCGCAUACGUCCCAGACCAUGAACAGCUGCUGCUCACGGGCCACAGGGACGGGAUAGUGAACCUGAUCUCAACAAGCUUCACCAAAGGUGAGUCCCGCAUAGUCAAGCGCUACAACCACAGGAAACACCUCGUGUCCAUGGCUAACGAAGUGAUGAACAUAGACACGAAGCACAAGGACGAGAUCGAACAACUGCUGGCAAACCACAAACAAAAGAGCAACAGUGCAAGAGCCAUGCCAGUGAGAUCAAUCAAGCCAUGGAACGGGAUGGGAUUUGUCUCCCUCAUCAACGACUCCCUGUUUGUUUUCACAUUGAAUAACACAAAGACACCACAGUACCUGAACUCUUUCCCAGGCAUCCAAUCCUUCGCAAUUCAAACGCACAGCAACCCUUACCUGUUGGGACUAACAGGAACCCAUUUUGGCGCGAACAACAUCGCUCUACUAGACCUAAAGAAGACACUUUAUAUUCCCGAUCCAGUCAUCGACAAGGAAUACAGAAAAUCAUCCUCCCGCUCAGUCUCCUCAGACUGUACUUGGAUAAGCAGUUGCUAUCUGGCGCAAGCACUGGGCAAAGAAGUUAAUAUCUGGGAUGUCCGUAGAACUGAUGGAAAGCCCAAAGCUAAAAUAUUACCAAACAAAGGUGUCAUAGAACACUUAAGCUACCAUUACGAGACUGAUACUUUGUUCAGCAGCGAUGAUCAAGGUAAUAUUAUCGCUUGGGAUUUGACAAACUUAGAUAGACUAGAAUAUUGUGGUCUAGUCCAUGGUUUGGAUGCAGUUAAGUACAAUAUGAACCUUCCAAUAAAUGAUAGCAACUAUUCGCAAUGUGGCAACGUUGUGGUUAAUGGGAAUAACAACAGCGCUUGCACAUACCGAAAGCUAGCACGUAAGAUUGAGGUCAAUCAAAGAGCAGGCACAUUAUUCAGUUAUUGUGAUCAUGAACUGGGCCUUCACCGUCUGUUCUCAGCUCCAGUCGAAAUUUCACUACAAUUGUCUGAUACUGAGACUAUCAACUAUGAGUCAGAAGAAGAAGAAGUUAUGGUUCAUGUUGAUAAACUACACGACAAUUCCCACGAAAAUAGUAGUAUUCUGCAUUCGGAUUCCACAACUUUGCAUUCAAGAGAUUUUGAUUCUUACUCUGACAAUGAAUCCGCUAAUACCACUGAUAAUGAUAAUGAGCUUGCAUAUAUGGACACCUUCAAAAGGCCAGUGCCCGCCUUUUUAGAUGAAAAGGUUGCCGCUUAUAACAACCCAGUUCUAAGUUCUAGCUCUUCGACUCUAGCCUACGGCUACUUUUAA